AUGUUAUUUACUUUUUUGUUGCUCGGCUUUGUUAAUUCAUCUUGCCUUACUAGAAAUUUUGAGGAAUGUUUGACCUUGAAUGUGGAAUACCAAGAAAGUUGUCAAUUAACUUAAGGAGAGUGCAGACCAAGACCUGAAAAGUGCACUGAAAUAGAUGCCACAUAUCCUUUAAACUGUAGAACAAAUGAAUGUUACUACAGCAAGAGAUUCAAUAAAUGUUUGUCACAACCAUUUACCCGUCUUCUCAAUGAAGUUCCUGAGAGAGGAGGAAAACAUUAGGAUUAUCAACAAGAUUCCCAUUAAGGAUCAAAUCGUCCAGGACCUGCAACUACAGAAGGAGGACCUUUACCUCCUCCCUCAUAACCACCUUAAUAUCCCCCAAAUGCAACCUAAUAAGCUAACUAAAAUCAAACAACUCUAAAUAAUUAAACUUUGAAUUAACCUAAAGUGGAGGAGAAUGAAACUGAUGAUCAGGAAGAUGAAUCAGCAGAGGAAGAAGACUAUGAAGAAGAGGAUACUGAUGAGAACACUGAAGAUGAUGAUAAGCCUUGGAAUGAAUCAGAAGCUAAUCCUUCAACUAAUUCUACAAAUUCAACAGGCAUUUCCAAUAACACCAAUAGAACAGAUGACUUUAAUGACUCUUACUAUGGAUUUUAAGAUUUAAUUGAGGAGGAGAUCAAAAUCAAAUUGAGCGAAUCUGAUGAUAGAAAGCAAAUAGAAAUAAAGAGUAGUGGAAGUUUCCAAUUAAUUAUGGCAUUUAUCACCAUGAUUAUUUGGAUAUGAAAUAUAAAAUUAAUUUAAAAUCAAAUAAUAUUUCUACACUAUCAAUGGAUAAAAUCUAUUUGAUUAUUAAACUGAGUAAGGUAAAAUUAUUAUAAUCUGAUAUGAUAAUU